AAUUUUUUAUUGACAAUAUUGCAAAUUAUAUUUUAGACAUUUUAUAUAAUUAAUAAUAUUGUAAGUUACAUAAAGUUUGAAAGAAUUGAUUAUAUGUGUUGUGUAUCUUCCUAGAUAAUAUCAAAAAAUAUAAUUUAAAACAAUGUGCAUCCUUAAGUUUAAUUUUAAACUUUUAACAAUAUUUGGUUGCUGGCGUCCGGAUUCUUGGUCAUCGUUAUAUAAAUGCAUAGCAUAUCACAUAUAUACAAGUAUAAUAAUUUUCUUAGUAAAUACCUUUAUGUUAUCGCAAUUGAUUGAUGUAAUCCUGAGCAUGAACAAUGUCGAUGAUUUUUUCGAUAACAUCUUUAUGCUAAUUGCCGUGUUUAACGCCUGUUGUAAAUUAUUUAUGUUGCUUAUAAAUCGUAAAAGUAUUCUUAACCUUCUCAAUAUAUUAAUGGAAAAACCGUGUAGACCGUUGAGAUUGACUGAAACUAAAAUUCUGUAUAAAUUUGAUAAAAAUAUACAGAUUUUAACUAAGUGUUAUGCAUAUCUAGGAAUGAUCACAAUCUCAUGUAUCAUACUAUCUUCUUUAUCUAUAAACUUCAGGAAUAGAAGAUUAACAUAUAGAGCUUGGUUGCCAUUUAAUUAUUCGUCGACAGCACUUUUUUGUGUAAUGUACACACAUCAACUGAUAGGCUUUGCUAUCGCAGGAUUCGUACAUGUUGGCUGUGAUGCCAUCAUUUGUGGCUUAUUGGUCCAUAUUUGUUGUCAAAUUGAAAUCUUGACUUAUCGUUUAAAAAAUAUUGCAUGUUAUUCAAAUCUCCGCGAUUGCGUACAUCAACAUUACCAUAUCUUCAGGUUAAAUCUUAUAAUUAUGCACAUUUUGGAAAUUUUGCAAAUUAUAACAUUUUAUUAGAUAUAAAAUUUUUCGUUAA